CAAGAUGGUAGGCUAAGUGCGAGUUUUGCUCCAUGGGGUUUUUGGGAGAGGUGCAUGGGGGUGUAUGAACUCUACGACCAUGAAACCUAACAAGACAUCAAGCAUCCAACUAAGACGAUGAUGGCUGACGACCAUUCAAAGCCAGUCUACUGGGACCACUUCGCCGCGGCCGAGCCAGAAGAGGAAGAGUGGUCCGUGGAGACGCGGAUGCUGCAGCGAAGGACCUGCCCACUGGACGAUGAGCAGUUCGAUACGUUUGAAGUAAAGCCACGAUCUAACUUGGAGCGGCUGCAAUUUUGGAGGCAUUGGACCGACAACGACGAAGAUCAUGAGCUUGUGUUCAAGCAAGUGCCGUAUCAAUACACGGAGCUGUUCGAGUCAGUUUCGACCGCCAAGCCCCCUCGAUCUCAUUUGGGUAGUCUGCAAUACUGGGACGACCGCAACGUCGGUGGAGCCGACAACGACAUUGAAGCCAUCUCCAGCAACAACUUCGAGCGCCAAGCUCUGGUUGACCAGCCGCCAACCCCCCCACAUGCCUCGAAGGUGGGAGGAGGGUUGUACAAUUCGUUCGAGGGGCGGCAGAAGUCGCACUUGGCGCGGCUGCGACAGUGGCGUUCCAGUACAGACGCCAACCAAGACGAUCAACUCGAACGCAGGACACUCCUUCCUACCAACAACUCAUAUUUGUCGUCACCAAUGAAACCCGUGGGCGAAUGCAGUUCGUGGGAGCAGCCUCGCGCCGAGUGGAACUGGAUGGGUCUAGCCCUGCUCGUCACGAGUGUCAGCGCCGUGUCGUCGGUGGACGUGGCCUUCCAAGUCGGUUCUUCGGCGGAGGUGGCACCAAUGCUGAGGCUGUUUUGGCGCGUGAGCGGCAGCUGCGUGCUCACUUUCGUGUUCACGGUGGUCUCGGUGGCGCGGUAUGGCUGGCCCCGCGUUCAAGACCCGUUCGACACUGCCAUUCGCGUCGUGCUCUGUGCCUUGGGGUUCACGUUGUGGCACAGUUGCUCAUAUGUGGCCACCACGCGAUCGUCGUUUAGUCAUGCAAACGUUCUCCAUAAUGCCCACGGACUCAUGCUUGUGGCGGGGAAAAUUCUCACGGAGCAACAAGUGGGUCGGUGGGAAGGCGUGGGCGCGAUCGUGGGGUUCACUGGCACUGUGAUUGCCGCCGCUGCCGACAGUACACCCAUCACAUGGGCGUCGCUUUGGUCCGCGGCACAUGGAACGACGUGGCAUGACGGCAUGGUGGGGCUGACGGGGGCAGCCGGUGCCAUGUUGUACUUGGUCCAAGCCAAAAGAAUCCAGUCCCGCCUGAACUUUAUGGUGUUCAUGUGGUGCCACUCUGUAGCCGUGUGCUUGAUUCUCCUGCCCACGAUGAUUGCCAAGGGCGAGACCUUUGAGUUCUCUGCGCACCCGACCGUGGGAUUGCUGGGAUGGGCCACAUCGACACGAUGGCUGUUGGAACUGUUUCUAGUCGGAGUGUGCGACUUUGUAGGCGCCAUGGGCUACCUCCGCGUGUUGCAGUACUUUGAACCGAUUGUCGUGUCCACCACAAUGCUCCUGGAACCGACGUUGGCGUCCCUACUCGAAGCGACUGUCAGUGGCCCCUUGCCCAGUGCACAUGCGAUGGUGGGAAGUCUGGUUGUCGCUGCGGGCGUCGUACUCGUGUACAUCACCAACACCAACCAGCCACUCUCUCAGCCCCGUCGCCAUUCCCCGCAGAUCACUCGCUCCAACGAGUUCAUGCCUCGGAAGCCUCUUAAUUACGGCACCAUUGUCGUGUAAUUUAUUCUUGUAGCGGUAGGAAGUCCUUUGUCUUGGCUUGCUGGGCGGGGCAAGCAAUUAUGCAUGAAAUAUUCAUACUUUUCACAUGAUUUCAC